AUGAUGACCGAGAUGAGAGAUCAAAUGGACGGUGUAAAUAUGGACAAUCAAGCACUGAGGGAAAAACUGGCCGAGAGAGAAAGGGAGCUGAGGGAACUUAGGAAGACAGUAAAAGACAACAAACAAAUGGCCAUGGAAGCAAACUGUCGUUCAAAUAGGAAUGGACAAUAUUCCAGAAAAAACAAUAUAAAACUAUAUGGAGUGAGCGAAUCCCACGACGAAAAAGUGAAAGAAAAAGUGAUUAAAACGCUGAGAGAGGCCGCAAAUGUUGAACUACAGGAGAGUGAAAUCAUCGCCACCCAAGAAUCCCAGGAAAAGCGGGAGGAGCAAGACCAAUAA